AUGAGCCUCUACUUGAGCUAUGGACAGUCGCAGAUUGAGCAGCUUGAAAAAGUAAUUACUGAGAAAAAUGAAGAAGCGGAGCGAUUUCGCAAGCAUGAGCACUUCGUGGCCUCCACCUUGCAAAAUUGGUGGAGAAACUGCGUAACGAAAAUCAGAGAGCGAAAACGCACUCGCGCGUCCAACAUGGUUGUCGGCUUCUUGCGCAAAGUCGUGACGAACAAGAAGAUGGAUAUGAUCGAGAAGCACAAGGAGAAGAUCAGACUCAGAAAACAAUACGGAGAGUACAUCAUUCCGUUUCAAGCGCUUUGGCGAGGGUAUCACUCGAGAAAGACAGUCAUGGAUUUCUACAAAAGGAAAGAGCUCCUAGAGGCAGUUGCGUUAAAAAAUGAAGAAACUCGAGCGCACUUGCAAAAAGUUCGCAACAUGCAGCUUCGAAUGGAAAAAUGGCGGAGAGCAAGUUACAUGGCAAACGCUCGCAAGAGUAUCCACUAUCUCAUCAGCACCAGAGCCAGGCCAGGAGUUCCAGAACAAAUUAUGGAGAAAACCGCAGAAGAGACAGCUGCUUUGAAGAAGAAAAAGCGACAUAGCGUCGAGCCUCUGGUGAUUGUCCAACCGCUUCCCUCGCCAAGAAGAUAUAAAAACUAUUCUCCUCCAGAUGAUCUUGAAUGCUUCGGUCCUUUCAGAAGAAAAGAAUCAGACAGGGAUCAUGUUCUUACCUCUCGGCUCGUCCAAAUGCAAAAACACAGGCCUCUGGAACCAACUCUUCGAGUUUUGACUUCGUACAACACUACCGAGCGCGAAAUUAAAAAGGACAAACAAGAAUCCUGGAUGAAAAGCAUUCAAGAUAAGCCCAUGAAAUUCGCCACUGCUUCUUCAAAAUGCAACAAUUACGAGCGAACGCUGUGGGGCCAGACGGCAUACAACCCGCGCGACUUCAACCGCACGACCGUCCGUGACGAGAGUCAGUGUAAAAACAAGCUUCCAUUUAUUUCACAAGUCCCGUCGAUUCCGCUUUUCGAUCGGCUGGGGAAAUCGUAUGCUGAAAGAUCGAAACUUAUGAAAGUUGUUCAAUAA